AUGGAGUGUCCUUACAAUAAACCGACGGAAUGUACCAAUUCCUUCUGUCUAAGCAAACAGAAUAUAGUUAAUCUUAGCAAAAGACGUGGAACUCGCAACGGCUUGGCAAUUGUUCAUCUUGCCCGAAAUCUUAUUACUCAAUUCGGUAUUGUCGAUCUGCAAAUUCACAAAUUUCUUGGAACGUUUGGACGCCAAUCCGUAAAGUAUUCUCCUGAUUCUGUUGCUGCUCAGAUUUCUCCAGAUUCAUCUCUAUGUCUAGUUCGGCUACCGUGGUCUAGAUCAAGCAGGGUAACCACACUUCAACUUCAUUAUGAGCAAAACAGGUUUACUAAAAUCGUUUUAAGGGACAAUUAUCACUCAAAGUUUUAUUCUACUUACAAUCACGAAGUUAUGCUUAAGCCUGCUAAUCACAAUGCUAAAGCUAUAACUUGA